AUGGAGAGCUCGCUUCGAAACAUACUCCAUUCCAACGAAGCAGAUUUCGACCCUCAAUUUCGACCUCGUGGCCCUUUAUCAGUCCCUGAUCAAGCGAGCGCCUCUUCGUUUGAACCACUAGAGGCUGACAACGCCUUGCCUGAGUCUAAGAAGCGAGCUGCUACGCGGAUCAAGUCCUCAUAUCCGCGGAAGAGAGCUAUACAAGCUUGCCAGAAGUGCCGUGUUCGGAGAACCAAAUGUAAUAACGAGAGACCAUCAUGCUCAAGUUGUUUGGCCAUUGGCGCCGAAUGCACCUACACGGAAGGCGACCACUCUAGCUUCGAUUCUGCAAGCCUGGCAAUAUUGGACAAAUUGAACACGAUCGAAGAGCUCCUACGAAAAGGAAAUGGGCAGGAUCAUGCUGUCCCGCCUCCACCAAGCAGUCUUGGAGACGAAAGCCGGGGAGCCUUGUCUCGGCUCAAGACCUUGAACUCACCCAGCCUAGAGAGAACGAAAGACCCCACUCCUUGCCAUAUGAACAUUGAAGGGGUUCUGUCAUGGUCUGUCUUUGAUGAUUUGAAUCCAAAUCUCGAUCUCAAAUCGCUUCUCAAUACAACCGAGGAUGGCCCUCAAGGAGGUUUGUUCAUGGCGACGGAAUUUGAUGAGCAUUUCUCUGAAGAGACGCUGGUCGCUCGCUUCAUGGAUAAUGUGUUCAUUUAUAAUCCAGUACUCGAGGAAGCAAAGAUUCAACGAUAUAUGCGUGAUGCCCGCUUCAAUGGCAUAGGCUGGGAUGCGCAAUCAUGUCUAUUGCUCCUCAUAUAUGCCCAUGGAUCAGCUGUGGCGGCAUUUGAUGGCGGUCACCAACCUGAUGCAUCGUCAUUCCGAAGCAGUCUGCAGUUCAAGCAAUCGCAGUCCUUUUUCCAUGCUGCACAGAAGAGAAUGGGCCCUUUGCUUUGCAGGACUGGAGUGCUUGAAGCACAGUGUUUCUUCCUCGCCGGGGUCUACCUGAUGGCAACAUUGCGCCCAAUGGAAGCUUGGAAAAUGUUCGUGCAGGCACUUGCUUGCUGCCAGGCGUUUUAUACCGGCAAAGGAUCACCAGGGGUCGAUCCAGAGGGGGAGCAGCGACUUAGGGAGAGUAUAUACUGGACUUGUUUCAAGUCCGAGCUGUAA